AUGCUGCUUACUUCUAGAAAAUCCGAGGAGAAAGCGAACGGAGCGGAGGGCGGCGGUAGUCGCUCGGGUACUUGCACGCUGCAAGGUGAACGUCGCUGCUCUCAGCGAAACCCGCUUGUAGAAAUGGAUGAGGUGAGUGCCGGUUACCCCUGCAGCGGCCACCCAAAAGUUCGUGUCUCCUUUUUUAUUUGGAGCGACACAGUGGGGCAACUGCCCUGUCUGCCGCAGGACAUAAACGACCACCUCAUAAACCUGAGCCUGCGUCUUCAGGCAGUCAAGUUCGAAAACAUCGUCAGCGUCUACGAUCCUCACCCCCCCCCCAACCCAAUUGACCAGCGCCGACGAGACGAAGAAAGACUUCUACGAGAACCUGCACGCCCUCCUGGCGAUUGUACCGAGAGCGGACGAGCCGAUUGCCCUUGGUGGCCCCAAGGCCCCCGUCGGGAAAGACCACGAAGCAUGGUGAGGGGUGUUGGGCUCUCAUAUAAUCAGUGGCUGCAAUGAUAAUGACCUUAUUCUACUGCGAACGUGCGUAGAACACCCUUCGCCUUCUGGCGCGAAAGAAAGCGACCUGUAUGCACCCCCGAUCGCGGAACUGGCAGCCGCUAGACUACGUUCUCGUCUGGAGGCGAGAUCUACAGAACGCUCUGGUGACUAAGGAUAAUUGCGACGCCGACGGCUGGACGGACCACCGCCUCAUCGUCUCCAAGACGGGGCUUCGAUUGCACCCCCGCAGGAGACCUCAUUGAAAGCGACCACCAGAUAAGUUAAGUACUGUUUAGUUUGCGUUUAAAUGGAGUUCUCAAGGGUUUCUGUCAUUUACUCCAAGUUCACUGAUUGGAUUUAUUUGAUUUAAAAGAAGUGCAAGUCUGUAUGAAGUGUAGUUAUAUUGCAAAAAUUUACAGGCAACUUCAGCACGCGAAAUGCAUAAGACUGACAGUGAAAAAGGAGUGGUAAACAGUUGGCGAAUUUGCUUGAUAACACCGAACAAUAUACUGACUGCACCUGCGCACAGUGUUAAACUCAACGCAAACAAACUAGGUUAUUGAAAUCAUGAUAGUAGCAUGUUGAUAGUUAUCGCUGGCUUCUUAGAUGGAGUUUGGGGUUUUCUGGUUACAAGCGGACCACUGAGAACUCUUUGUGUCCUUGUGGAGUCGGAAGAUGAACGCUUGGUGUUUUCUUACGGAUUGGUUUGGAGACCUAUAUACAACACCGACAGUACCAUUUUCAAAUCCAGGAACCAAGACACUGCAGCAUCUCCAGACCAUGAUCGGUUACACAUUCCUCGACAGGUUUGUAUGAAACUGCACUACUGAUCAUGGGGCAAUUUCACCACUUGUUUGGUUCGGUCUUGUCUUAGCAUUUUAUAGCCGUCUAUUUGUAUUUCGCACGCAAUAACAUCGGGACGAGCAUCGGCCACAAUGAUUUUGGGUUCAUCGAGUUUAUUCAAGAGGGUUUGCAAAUUUCCAUAGUAAAACUUACUUUCGUGUAUAUUCUUGUAGUGAAUUGUUCUUCUGGUCGUGUGACUUUUGUCAUUAUGACGGGCGUCCUCCACAGAAGGGGUUUUUUGUUGAACAAUCACGCGGUUCAUGAUUACCAGUCCUUUCUCACCUUUCUCUUUCCUGGACUACAGUUCCGCUUUCAGCGCCCUCCAUGUCAUCCUCCCUUGUACAGAGUAGGCAGGCUGAAUAACCUCUAUAACCGAAGACUAUCCUUAUCGUUCGUUCAAGUAGAAGACCCCUUUGGAUCUUUCUUUCCAGAACUACUUUUAAAGGGCUAGAUUUCUUCUCUAGAUAGUUUGCGCUAUCUUUACUAUUCAGUCCAGAAAGCUUCAAAAUCUUAAUUUCUCCAAUCCCACCUAUCAUUUCAUUAGUUAUUCUAUACCUAGUAUUGUCGUUGGUUGAUUCACGAGGUCCAUGGGCAAUUAUGCAUUGCGAUCGAUCCAGAAUAUUUGUCUCCAAGGGGUUCUGUUUACUAGUCGCCUUUGUCAAUGUUUCAGCUCCGCUAACUGGGGCUUCAACCACAACUAUGUGGGGAUUCGUGAAAGCAUCUGUUUCCACUCUGAGUCUAUUGUUAUAUGUCGUUGCGCUGGUUGACAUCCCAUUUAAGUCGGGUUAAGCAAAUGCGCAUACUGUCUGGAGACUGGUUGCUUCGAUUGUUAGCUGUCGCCUAUCAUGUUCUUCUUUUGUCGGUAUAUAUCGCUCACUGCUUGCGUUUCAGUAAUCGAUUAGCCCGGCACCUGAAAAGACUGUCGGCCCCAGACAACAAUGUCACCGCGAAGACUCAUCGAUGUUUAGAAGACGAAGACGCGAUCACUGGAACAAGAAAUUUAUUGGCCUGAAAUUUCGGAUUCUCAUUCGAAUCCAUCAUCAGAAACCCUCGCAGGUAAAGGUGAUGGUGGCACAAGGAGUGCAGUAUUUGCAGCACGUGGCUGCAGUGGGACCAUAUGCGCACUGUAAACGACUCCAGACGUUUCCUGCAUUGGCAGCGGGUCUUUUGGUCUCAUGACUUGAGCCUAAUGGUUGCUUCCGGCCUGAGUGCGACCCCAACUUCAAGUGGAGUGAAAAGACGACUGACGGUUUCGGAGACGUUCUUCACGUACGGAAGAACCCGCCAAAAUUUGGGGCCGGUUGGAUUUGGUCUCUGGUGUCCUUUUCGUAUGCACUGGUUGACAAAGUUGCUCGGGUAAGCAUUGGCUCUCUUUAACCGUCGAAGAUAUUGUAAGUCAGCAACCUUGUCUUCCAUUGCACUGCACUGCGUCUCCACGCGCCGGUAUAGCGCCCUUACGCAACUGCGUUUGUGACUGGUGGGGUGAUUGCUAUUGAAGUUCAGUAUUUGCAUCGUAUUUGUCGCUUUCCUGAACACUUUGGUUUUUAGGCCACCAAAAUCUUUGCGGCAGACGAGGACAUCCAGGAAGGUCAGCUGGUUAUUUUCCUCCUCCUCCUC